AUGGGGUUCAACGUAUCUUUUCAAGCGUUGGCAGGACUCGAUGCCUUUUGCGGAGAGCGGUUCUGGGAUAAUUCAAUAUGGAGGAGGAGCUAUCCAACCUUAACACGAUGUUUCCGACAUACAGCUUUAGUAUGGAUUCCAUGUCUGUUUAUAUUCUUUAUUUCUCCUAUACUUACGGCGCAAAUAACUUACGGUGGAGGUAUGACACUUCCUUGGACAAGAAGACUCGUAGUUAAAUUGGUUCUUGCUGUUCUUCUUGCUUGCGACUCAUUGUUUCUACUCAUCGCUUCAUUUAUACAAGCAGCCACUGAUCGAAUUCCCUUCGCCGUGGACAUUGUUUAUCCAUUAAUGUUGUUCCUAGCAAUGAUACUUCACAUAGCGUUCAUGUUUGGUUUUCGCCGAUGUGGCAAAUUGACUUCUGGAGGUCUGUUCAUGUCAUGGUUACUGUUUACUAUUUGUGGUCUCCCUGAGAUGAUAUACUGGCUGCAUGUCAGUUGGAAUUUGGAGGAUUAUUGUGAUUUGACCUUUUCUCAGUGGUUCACUCACAUACUGUGGUGGCCAAUAUGUUUGACUGAGCUCAUAUUCCACUGUUUUGCCGACUCUCCUCCGCUGCCUUGGAAAGCCAUCAACGAAGAAAAAGUGUCCGAUUGGAGUCGCCAGUUGUUUGAAAGAAUUGACGUUGAUUACCGCACUAGUAUUGACGAGGAUACCGACUCCACCAACCCCUCAACUGUUUCUGGGAACAGUUCUUCACCAGUGUCACUGACGACGUUCAUUGAGUGA